AUGCUGACCUCGAUUUGGUUGGCUCUGCACGCGCUGCCGUGGCAGGUGUACACGAACUGCGCGCCUCUCACUGGAGAUCUUAGCAGCUCUGUGGACGCCUCCGCUACGACUGACGAGUCGUCUACGACGGCAGCCACGGCAGAUACUAGUGCUUCUACUGCUGCGGAAGCUAGUUUUACCGAUGACUACGCCACGUCGGAAGAUGCCUCUGCUUCUGCCGCCACGACUCCUACCGCUACGACCACGGCUCCUUCAACGACUACGGACACUCCGACCGCGUCAAGCACCACAACGUCAGACAAGUGUUCGGUUCAUCUUCAUCGCCGUAAUUAA